AUGCUGAGGAUUCCCGCCCGCUCCAGUACGUCUCUGUCUGGGAUCCGGUCCUACCACCUAAGCUUCAGUAUCCGUCGAAGACAACUGAGGUGGAAGUGGUUGAGUCUACGUGCUUGCUUCAUGUACACCAUCCAGGUCUCUACUCCAUACAGCAGCGUCGGCAGAAUGACUGCCUUACACAUCUUGAAUUUGGUGUUGAGCUGGAGACCGUAACAAUGCCAGAUUGUGUACUGCAGACGGCCGAAGACUUGGCUGGCUUUGGAAAUCCUGCGGGCCACUUCAUCGUCGAUCUUGGUGGUGCGGGAGAGUAUGCUGCCCAGAUGCGUGAAGUUGUCCACCAUUUGCAGUUGGGCGACGUAUGCGACGUAAGCAGCGCCGGGUGGCGGUUGGUGCGUGACCACCGUCUUCUCCGUGUUAAUGAUCAGGCCGAAGUUUUCUCAGGCGGUGGAGAGGAGAUCCAUCCUCCUUUGCAUGUCUCCUUCUGAGGUGGCGUUGAUAGCGCAGUCAUCGGCGAACGGAAGUUCGUGGACGAUGGUUGUGGAUGCACGCGGAUUGGAAGUGCAUCUGCCGCUGAUUGAGGAGGUGGCCGUCCGUCCUGUAGGCGACGCGGAUCCCGGGGCGUUCGUCACCGUAGGCGUCUAACAGCAUGACAGAGAACAUAAGACUGAAGAGGGUAGAGGUGGAUCCUCACCUCUUGACACUUCUCCUGCAGUUGGUGGGCGGCGAAGAUCGUCUGUGGUCCCAAGAUGACGACGAAGCCGCUCUGACUUUCCCGCAGUGGACCCUGUUCCAGAUGGUUGUUCAGGCGGUUGAGAAGGAUUCGAGCAAAGAUCCUUCCAGUGAUGCUCAGCAAGGAGAUGCCUCGAUGGUUAUCGCAGAGCUGGCGGUUGCCUUUCAGCUUAUAAAAAUGGACGAUUGUGGCGUCCUUGAGAUCCCGCGGUACUUCUCCUCGACUCCAGAUCUCCUGGAAGAGCGCCGUCAGGUGGUCCAUGAGUUGGGGGCCACCGUGCUUGUAGAUUUCAGCAGGGAUCACGUUCGAUUUGGGCACUUUUCCGCUGGAGAGCCGCUGCACGGCCCUGAUGGUUUCGUGGAGAGGGACGCGAGGUCGAGGUCGGCUUUGGUCUCCACUUGAGGCAGACGGGCGCCAGCGGCGUCGGAGAUGGUGGAGGGACGGUUGAGGACGUCUCUGAAGUGCUCGGCCCAUCUCUGUAGAAUUAGUGUCUUCUCAGUAAAUAGGGUACUUCCGUCGGCGCUGAGAAGAAGAGCGGUUCCUUUGGCUGUGGGACGGUAGACAGUUUCAAUGUCGGUGAAGACGUUGGUGGGGCGGUUGACGUAGGCUUUGUGCAGGCGGUUGUUUUCGCCAAUCAGGUUGCUGAUGGCGGCGUCGUUGUUAUCGAGUCAGUCCCGAUGUUGGCGGCGUGCCCGAACGAGGACGGCCAGCGCCGUCGACUGGACUGUGUCACGCAGUUUACACCAUCGGUUCUCCCCGGAGGCGUUCUCGUCAGCGGUGGCGGCGGCGGCGGCAGCAGCAGCAACAACUGGGAGGUUGGGGUGGGACGGUGGGGAGGGGGAAGAAAUAGUGUUUUUUCUGAUUUAGUUGUUUCGACCAUUUGUUUUGCGUUUGCGGCCACGGUCAGCCUGCAGACGGCAUGGAUCCUGCAUUUGUUUAGGGCACAUUUUCUAGCCCCUUCCCCCUCGCGGGAGUGAGGAGUGCUCCCUAAAUAGGCCUGCUGAGUUUUUCAUAGACGGCUGCCGAACUCCACUAUGAGCCAAGAAUUUUGUUUAGCGGGAGAACGGCCCGAGUUAGCCUGGGCCUGCCUACGACAUCGCUGUACGGCUUGGAAGGGGGGGGGGGAGGGGGGAUGAGGAAAGGUUAGAGCGAUGGGAAGCAGAUCUUUCCCGUCCCCUCUAAGCUAAUUGGUUGCUGAAAUAUAAGUGGUGAAUAGACAAAUUCAACAGAACGGCAUUUACGUUACAAUAAGGACGGAUACGAGCAAACAGACAAAAUGCAGGCAGUCAAGAACAGCAAAAAGCAAAGGCAACAGCGGAAGUUCAACGGACGGCGUUAAGUUUUUAACUAUGACAAACACAAACAAGCAGGCAAAUAGCAAUCUAACAGUGCAAUGUUCGCUUACCUGGUGGCUCACUUACAUUGUGGCCUUCUGCGGUGUUACAGACGGCGCCUCAUCCCGGAGAUGCUGAGGCGGCCACCGGAGCCGAGUUACCUUGUGCGCAGAUGGACACAGAUACCCUCACCUGGUUUUGCCCGUCGGUUGAGGCGAUUACGGGGGUGUGGCCGCUUGGCAGGGCCUACCUUUGGGGAGCCACAUGUAAGAGUUGGGUGCUAGUAAAUUGACGCAAGGCGUAGUCAACACCUACGAGCAAGUGAGCGACCUACUACGACCGUCACGUGAACCCACAACUGGACACCCCUGCACCACUGUUCACAAACUGACGGCCACCGCAUAUGAUUUCGCAAUCGCGCGUUACUGUCACCGAUAUUCAUAGGCUAUUUGAAGAAUGCGGUCAUUGUUUUAAAAUGCUUUCCUAGAUACAUAUCUGGUACCAAAUUAUAAGAAUUCAUAUUGCUAUAAUAUUUAUAUACAAAAUUUGGUGAAAUGAAAAUAAAACUAAACAGAAUAUAUUACUUAAAGUCGUUCUUUAUUGGAAGCGACUUUUCGCCACCGGAAACUCAUAUAUCUAAAGAAGGAUUUUCAUCAUAUAGACGACCACUAAAAUGGCUCGGAUUGUGAGUACUCUGUUCGAAAUCUAACAGUGGACAGUUCAAAUCCGACUGGCCAUUCCAGUUUUUAAGUUUUCAGUUUGGGCCUCCAAUUGUUAAUCUCUUACAAAUAUAUUUGCCAGUUGAUAGACAAAUUACAGACUUCACCAAUUCCUGAUGCAGUUUGGAGUAUUAUGUAAGAAUUGAGGCACAAGUAUCUGCGGGAAGAUCGAACCUGCCUCCUAAAGAACAAAACAAAAGCGUCUUAAUUAUAUGUACAUCUUACCUUAUUAGCCUACUUAGCCUUCAGAGAGUGACUGCUGCGGAGACUUUAAAUAUAAUCAGGAUCAGGGAGUUCGACCGUAGCUGCCACUGAAGGCGAUUAUAAUCUCAUCUUUGACAUAACCCAAAGGGAUCUCUCACGUUCUAACGCCGGCGGCACAGAUAUUUGGCGCUGAAAGACAGUCAUACGUCACUUGUCGCAAUCAGCAAUUCAUUUGGGGUUUGCGAUAGUCUCUCGUCUUAGGACGUGAUCACUACCUCAGUUCUGAGCAGAAUGCACUGGGCUCCAGAUAGGAACGAUGGGAGGAAGUGCAAUGAAACGGUCGUUUCCCCAAAUUUAGCAUAAUUGUGCACAACGAGUGCAUUAAUCUAAUCAGCUGAACAUAUGGGUUUGUUGUCGAGGGACACUCACCGACCUUCUUUUUACGGAACUCACUCGUCAAUGAGCGCCCCCCUACCAUUUUGAAUUCCCGAUCGCAACCGACAGGACAGCGACCCCGUGGCUCAGCGGUUAGAGGCGUUGGGCUUCUAACUAGCAGGUCGUGCGAUCGAGCCCCAGGUGUACCACACCUCGGGGUUGGGUAUGACUGGCUGACGAAGCCUAAUGAGCCAGAAAUAGCUAUUCCAGUCUCCCUUGUCUUUGUCGGUAGUACCAUUCUGCCUAUAUUGGUUUGUACUGAGUCCCACCAGAAGAUUUUAGUAUAGUCAGCCUCUCUUGCUUAAAUGAGACGCUUAUAGGUAUUUAAUUAUAGUUUUCAUGGCCGCAGUUCCCCAUACCUCACAAAUUUUUACUUGACUGCCUAAGAAGUUUAAAAGUUGUCGUCUCAUAAAUCGUACAUGAUCAUAGAUCUGCUGGGUGGUGGGUUGUUCAACGUAGACAACAUGGAUGUCGUCGCCAAAGAGUACAGCAGUGACUUACGCCACAUCGGUCUCACACUUUACGCUCACACCUAUUACCAUUCGAUGGCAGGACAAAGUCAAGAUGUCUGGAGAUGGCUCAUGGGUAUACAGUGAAAUUCAAAUCAGAGUCGGGCGAAUGCACACAGAGGCCACUUUGAGCAUUGAAAAAGAGAAGUAGGCAUUAAGUGGGCAAGGAACAACCUGCUCAGCUGCAAUAACGAUGCAAAAUUACAGUGCAUCAGUAAAUUCAGCACCGGUGACCAAAAGUCAUGAAAAGUAAAAGGCUGAUCAUCGAGGUAUCUGUAAACGGUGCCGAUGCACUAAUCACCGAGACGGCGGGUGCCUGCUAGGGUUGAGACUGUCGAGUGGAGGAUGCAAGCGGAGCGUGUUGAAUGUCGCCGAUGAAGCUUCCGUGGUGUGGACAGCGAAAGCAAGAGCAACCACGGGUACAGUUUCAACAGUGGCUGUUUGUUGAUUUGUGGUCGCAGACGCUUCGCGCCCCUCAACGCAGAUCCCAUUCUGGACGAUGGUUUUGCGAAGCAUGCAGCCGCACGUUGGAACCGAACCCCGGGGAUUUAAUUCAUCAGGAGAGCAUUUGUUAUCUACCUAAUCAGCGAUCAGGUGAGACCGUUUUGACGCUCGGCCCACUUUUUGCCCUACAAUUAAGUUCACAGUGAAUGUCUACUUAUUGUAACUUUACAACAGCCAUAUCAAUCACAAAUACGACUCCAGCCUACCGACGGGUAAAGUGGCCGUUCCAACAUCCCAAGUUUCUGACCUCCGAUUCAAACACCACAGUCAGCUCGUCAACGCAAUUCUUGGAGAAACUUAAGGGAGUAAGUCUCCUGCCAAGCGAUAUCAUGGUUUCCUUUGAUAUCACGUUCCUUUUUACUUCUAUCCCGCAGGACCUGUCAGUCGAGACCAUCGAACUACUCCUACGAGAGAAAUACGACGAAACGGAGAAUCGCCUUGGACACGCCCAAAUCACCCAGCUCCUGAAGUUCUGUCUCAAGACGUACUUUACGUUCGACAGAACAAUCUAUGAGCAGGUGAAGUGA